AGCAUGUCGGGGCGCGGCAAGACUGGUGGCAAGGCCCGCGCCAAGGCUAAGUCACGUUCGUCGCGUGCUGGCCUUCAGUUUCCAGUGGGUCGCGUACACCGUCUGCUGCGGAAGGGCCAUUACGCGGAGCGGGUCGGCGCCGGCGCACCAGUGUACCUGGCGGCGGUACUCGAAUACCUGACUGCAGAGAUCCUGGAGCUGGCGGGCAAUGCGGCCCGCGACAACAAAAAGACGCGGAUCAUCCCCCGCCACCUGCAGCUCGCCAUCCGCAACGACGAAGAGCUCAACAAGCUGCUGGGCGGCGUGACGAUCGCGCAGGGAGGCGUCCUGCCCAACAUCCAGGCCGUGCUCCUGCCCAAGAAGACGAGCGCCACCGUGGGGCCUAAGACGCCCGCGGGCGGCAAGAAAAGCACACAGGCCUCUCAGGAAUACUGA